UAAAUUAGAAUAAUAAAAAACGCCACGAAGCAACAGCAAUGAACUAUAGACAUGUACUGGGCAAGAUUACAAUUACUAACAAUACUGAGUUUUCAAAUUUGCCUUGGGAUCAAAUGGGACAAGAUUCGGUGCUCGUUUGACCGGCAGCCCGUCCAAAAUGGUUUGCUGCCACAAGAACAGUUUGGACGAUUUCCCUGGCUAGGCGUUAUUCAGUAUGACUUUUUCUACGCCGGGAAGAUGCGUUACGCGCUGACCGGCGCCGUGCGGAUCCACCCGUGGUACGCGCUUGCGCCAGCUGAAGAUGUCUUUAAAAUUGACCGCGAAACCGUAUCGAACAGCACACACUUCAUAGUAUGGCACAGCGCCGAGGUGAAGUACUACAUGGGAGUACUGGACUACAUACUGCACCACGAGUUUACUACCAACAUCACGUUUGCGACCCUGGCCAUGAUGGUACUGGUGCCGGAUAAAUUCAACAAGCUGGGACAUGCUGGACCUGCUUUGCCUAUCUGCCUGCCCGCUAAAGGAUCCGGCGCAUUUAGAAACUUCUACGUUGUCAGAAUGUCAGAUGUUACAGGUAAGUUGAGGAAAGAGGUGACUAGAGUGGAUCACGUUCAUAAGGAUGAGUGUAUAACAUUUUAUAAAAAAGCCCAGUUGGACUACAAAAUGAUGGCGCCUACGCACAUGGUCUGCGCAGUGGUGCGCGCGUGGCGCGCGCAGCCCUGCAUUUGGGAUGGCGGUGCGGCGUUAGUCUCUCGAGAGUCAGAACUAUAUUGGACACUGCUAGGUUUCAGCUCCCGCGGUCCUGGCUGCGGCGCGCCUGCGCGCUUCAUCGACGUGAACAGCCACAUGGAAUGGAUCGACGCUCAGAUAGCCGCAGCUUCUUAUUACCAGUGUGAAGACUGUCUCUACCAGUGCUGCAAUGCUGUCUAUGCUCCUUCAGCGCGAGGGAAUAAAACGCUGCCUUUUAUAUAAACACAAGGCUCACCGUCGUUUCUCACUAUCUUUGCGGCACGUGCUG